AUGUUGUCGAGCUCACGUAAACUCGCCCGUGCUCGUUUGAACGGGCUGCUUUUACCAUGCCGGACUCAGCAAUGGCACCGGGGCUUCGGUGCGCAUGCUGCAGCGAGAGCGCCACUCCCUAUCUUCAAUACUUCAGCAGCUUCGAACCCAAGACUUGGGCCCAACGCCACGGAAACCUUCGCACCCAAGCCAUCCGAUGCUGAGAUUGUUGAUUCGCCCACAAGACAAACUCCACCAUUGACCGCAGCUCGUCCACGACGCAUGCCAUACGGGAACAUGAAAGAUGAUUCCCAUGAACUCCACUUACCGAAAGACCCAUCGUUCACGAAGCCGCUGAUUACGGACGAAAUCGUGCAUAAGUCAGCUGCCCAAUAUGGAGUUCCUCUCUCUUUUGCAUAUCAGACGGCCAGGAGAGUGAACCGUGAAAUCAUGAACAAGGACAAACUUUUGACAACCCAAUCACUAUCUCUAGUUCAGGGUAUACGUUUGACUUCACUAUUUUCCGCAUACCAGGGACACCGGGACUGGAAAUAUGAAUAUAAACGCAUCUGGAUGGCCAAGCUGAAUAACCGGCAUAUCGAGGGCAGCCAAGGCAGAGCAGGUCACCUUGAUGCCAAUGCAAAAUACCUCCUCAAUCUGGCCCGUGAGGAUUGCUAUGGAUCUUUUCAAAAGGCAUGGGAGGAAAUGGAGCCGCCCGAUCGGGCCCGGGUCUGGCAACCUAUGGCCCUCUGGUUCAUUCACCACGACCAAGAAACAGCACUUGACUUUCUACUUGUCACUACCAAGCCACUCCACAAGCCCGAUUUCAAAAUGGUAGGUGAUUGCCUCGUCUACCUGGAUAGAUUCUACUUCAGUUCCUCGAUUGCGAAUGAGUCGAGUGACGCCCAUGACUAUGCGGUGGCCAUCGCGGAUUGCAUAAAGCCAGAAAAUUGGCCCAUUGUCAAUCCAUCGCAGAGGGGGCUGCGGCUUUUUAUUAAACGGGCACCCUCUGACCAAGUUCAACGGGCAUUCCGGCUAGUGAAAGAGCGAGGUACCACGCUAGAAGCGAUCACAGCGCUUUCGUUCAUGAGUAGGCUCAUACAGAUCAAUGAUGUGGAUCUUGCCUUCGAAGCUCUUGAACUUGUUUUGAGUAUCAAGGACCCAGAUUUCACACCAGUCUCUCUGGGGGUGUCGCGGCAUUGUUGUAAGCUUUUGAAGUUGGAUGAAGUCGAGGACAACGCAGAAGGCCGCAAUUUCCGAAUCCUCCCGAGGCUUCUCAAAAUGGGCAUUAGACCAGACCGUGACAUGAUGAAUGUUGUGCUUGCUAAUGCCUUCAAAACUGGCGACUCUCAACUUGGGGCUGAUAUGCUUGCCUUCAUGCGGAGCCACCACCACGUGUUCGACUCAUACACCUACGUGACUCUCCUCACCGAUGCAGUGGCUCGAGGUGACCAUGCUCGUGUGGAAAUCUUGACCCAGGAAGUCGAACUCCAGCACCAAUUAGCCGAAGACCCUUUUGUUUUCAGCAAGCUCUUCCAUGCCCACUUUACAUCCACCAUGAAGGAUUCUGAUCCCGAAACAGAUUCCGAGCGCAUGUUUUCUUCCAUGCUCGAAAUGUACAACAGAUUCCAUGACAUCUCCCCCCUCAAAGAGCUCCUUAUUCUUCCCUCUCACUACAAUCCGCCACCGGGCGGACUUGCAAAGAAACUUCCCCCUUCACCAGUGGCUCUGUUCCUUAUGAUUGCAUCAUUCUUCCGCUGCAAGAACAGAUAUGGCCAGGUGCAUCGUGUGUAUGAGCAGUUCCGCGAAAUGGUGCAGAUGGGCCACCCAUCUAUCGCUCCUUUGGCUGGAACCGACCACGUCUAUAAUGAAUUCCUCGUCGCCUUCCGCAGGAGCCCACAUAAUCUCCGGGCAAGUGUUCGUCUUGUUGAAGAUAUGCUCAAUUCUUCUUCCCUCUCCGUGCGCACCGGAUCUGAGACGGUUUUCAAACACACCGCACCCACCCUGCGUACUUGGACUAUUCUCCUUAGUGUCUUUUAUUUCCAUCGCCAGCCUCAUGCUGCGGACAAGAUCAAAGAGAUGAUGGCCAAAUACAACGUCAAGUAUAGCCAGGCGACCUGGAACACCAUCAUCGGCGGGCACGUCAGUAUGCAAAAUAUCCCAGAAGUUGCUUCCUCGAUCCGGCAAAUGGAGGAGCAAGGGUUCGCUAUCGAUCACCAUACCAUGAAAAGUCUACGUUAUCUUCGUGACCCUGAGCGUUUGUGGGUCUCAGUCGAGGAACUGGACCAGGGAGCCAAAGAAGGUGGAAAACAAGCGUCAGUUGCUACAGAGCUCACUCCCGACGAGCGCACAGCCCAACAGAAGCAAGAUGAACUGGUUGCUCUUGGCCUUCAGAAACUGGAGUCAAACUCGAAGCCAUUGGAAUAA